GGGUCCCCAGUUGCGGGAAGUGGCUGCUGUCUCUUCGCCGCUCGCUCGGGGCACGGCGGGCUGGGGCGCCGCGCGCGGGACGUGGGGGACGCGGGGCUCGCGCUCUCCGGCGCCGCGGGGAGCCCGGCCCGGCCAGGCCGGGGGCGGCUGCGCAGUGCGGCGCCGGACUGGAGGCAGUUAACCGUCGCGGCGUCCGGUCAGUUCCGUGUUUACACGCCCACCCCGGGGAGUGAGAGCGGAGCGCAGCGCGAGGCGCAGCAGGGAGCUUCUCCCCAGCGUAGUAACAGCUCUCCGGCCUCUCCGAACGGGGGGUCCCUCGGGCCCCCCAGCAGGGAACCUCUCCCCUCCCCCCUCCUCAGACAUACAGUAGCGGGGGGUGCUGCCCCCAUCCCCGCAGAAGAGCUCUCCAGCCCCCUCCCCCACCGAACAGGGGUCUCUCCUGCCCCCCUCAGCAGGGGGGUGCUGCUCCCUUCCCCCAGCACAUCUCCAGCUCCCCUCCCCCACUUAACAGGGGCGCUCUUCCCCCCAUCCCCCCACGGCAGGGGGUGCACCCCCCCUUUGCCCCCCAAGCAUCAGGGAGUCUCUGAUCCCCCAUCUCAGCCGUCAGGGAGUGUCUCCCCCUGCGGGAUGUUCUCCAGAAGGAGCCAUGCCGAUGUCAAGAAAUCUACACAGAAAGCUCUGGACCCGAAGAAGGACGUCCUGACCCGCCUCAAGCACCUCAAAGCGCUGCUGGAUAUUGUGGAUGGAACUGACCUGAAGCAAUUUUUUGAGAUCAACUAUUCUCAAAUUUAUUUUAUCUUCUAUGAAAAUUUCAUAACACUGGAAAAUAGCUUGAAACAAAAAGGGAAUAAAUCACAAAGGGAGGAGCUGGACUCCAUUCUGUUUCUUUUUGAAAAAAUAUUGCAACUGCUACCUGAGAGGAUAUUUUAUCGAUGGCAUUUCCACAGUAUAGGGUCAGUUUUGAAGAAACUUUUGCACACUGGAAACUCUAUUAAGAUAAGAUGUGAAGGAAUCCGACUAUUUCUUCUUUGGCUUCAAGCACUUCAGACAAACUCCACAGAGGAGCAAGUGUUAAUUUUUGCAUGCCUAGUGCCUGGUUUUCCAGUGAUCAUGUCAUCAAGAGGUCCCUGUACACUGGAUACACUCAUUAGCCCUACUCCUAAUUUGCCUGAUGCAAAGAUUUAUCCUGAAGAAAUAACUCCACUUCUGCCAGCUAUCUCUGGUGAAAAGGUUGCUGAGGACCAAACCUGCUAUUUUCUUCAGAUAUUGUUAAAGUAUAUGGUAAUCCAGGCUGCAAGCUUAGAGUGGAAGAAUAAGGAGAACCAAGACACUGGUUUUAAGUUUCUCUUCGCCUUGUUUAGAAAGUAUUAUCUUCCUCACUUGUUUCCAUCUUUUACAAAACUAACCAACCUCUACAAACCUGUGCUUGAUAUUCCUGAUUUGAGGCCAAAACCAGCAUACAUUACUGCAACUCGGAAUAAUGAAAACAUCUACAGCACGAAAAUCCCAUUCAUGGCUGCUCGUGUUGUUUUUAUUAAAUGGCUUGUAACCUUCUUUCUUGAAAAGAAGUACUUCACUUCAGUGCAGAAUACUAAAAAUGGAGGAGAAAUGCUGCCUAAAAUCAUUCAGACUGUUGGUGGUACAACUCAAGAUAAAAACCCCGAGUUGGAAACUAGUGUGCUAUCAGAGCAAGAGAAAAAUCAUUCCAAUAGCAGCACUUUGUCUGAUAGGAGACUCAGUAACUCUAGUCUUUGCAGCAUCGAAGAACAACAUCGGACAGUGUAUGAGAUGGUACAGAGAAUUCUGUUGUCCACUCGAGGUUACGUCAAUUUUGUUAAUGAAGUAUUUCGCCAAGCUUUUUUGUUGCCUUCCUCUGAUAUAUCUGCAACACGGAAAGUGGUUAAGGUAUAUAGAAAGUGGAUAUUGCAAGACAAGCCUGUGUUCAUGGAAGAACCAGAUAAACAAGAAAAUAUUCAAGAUAAUGUGUCCAACUUGGAACAUACAGAGACAGAUUGCAAACAUCUUGCCUCUGGUCAUUCUGGACAUAAAAGAUCUUCCAGCUGGGGAAGAACUUACUCCUUCUCUAAUGCUGUUAGCAGAGGAUGUAUACUAGAAGAUGAAGACAAGAAUGUUAAGGCUGGUGCUCAGGCUUCAUUACAGGUGUUUUUGACGAACUCCGCAAAUGUUUUUUUAUUGGAACCAUGUGCCGAAGUCCCUGCUCUCCUGAAGGAACAAGUUGAUGCUUGCAAAGCAGUUUUGAGUAUUUUUAGGCACAUGAUAAUGGAACUUUCAAUGAAUAAAAAGACAUGGGAACAGAUGUUACAAAUACUCCUGCGAAUAACAGAAGGUGUCAUGCAGAAGCCGAAGGAUAACCAAGUAAAGGACAUGUUUGCUCAAAGCUUGGCAGGAUUACUUUUCAGGACUCUUAUUGUGGCUUGGAUCCGAGCAAAUCUGAGUGUUUACAUUUCUCGAGAACUCUGGGAUGAGCUGCUCAGCAUACUGUCUUCCCUUACUGACUGGGAGGAGCUGAUAACUGAAUGGGCCAACAUCAUGGAUUCUCUAACGGCAGUGUUAGCAAGAAUGGUGUAUGGAGUUGAAAUGACAAACUUACCACUGGAUAAACUAAGUGAGCAAAAGGAAAAAAAACAAAGAGGCAAAGGUGGCAUCUCAGAUCCUCAAAAGGCAACUACAGUGGGACGAUCAUUUUCAUUAAGCUGGAGAAGUCAUCCUGAAGUUGUGGAACCAAUGAGAUUCAGGAGUGCUACUACCUCUGGAGCACCAGGAGUCGAGAAAGCAAGAAACAUAGUCCGACAAAGAGCAACAGCUAAGCGAAGCCAGUCUAUCAGCAACUGUGUUCAUCUUUAUGAGGCUUUGCCAGCCACUAAAAGUGUACCUCUUCUGCUUCACACUGUGAGCUCUCUCUUACCUGGUAUCUCUUACACUUCUUGCUCUCACAGACUUUCAGAAGUUGAAGAAGCUCAGCAAUCAGAAAAUACAACAGGAGCAGAGUCUAGUGGCCUCUUUGCAGACCAGGACCAACAACUAACUCGAAGCAGUAGCACUUCAGACGUUACAGACCAAUUUAGUUCUGAUUUUUUUCAAGAUAAAAAGACUGAGAGUUCGCAGAAUUUAAAUUGUUUGGAUUCCAAAUCCAUUCAAGACAAGAAGGGAUAUAUGAAGAAAGAAAAUGAAGCCGAACAUGUUUUAAUACGAAGGAGCAGCAGUCCAGCUGAAUUAGAUUUGAAAGCAGACUUGCAGCAGUCACUUGGAAAUCAUAGAGAAAGAGAAAUGAGUGAAAGUGUUAGCAGUGACAUGUUCAUUGGCUACAAUAAUGAAGUAGAGAUUAGCCUGGUCCCCUGGCAAACAUGUGAAGAAGAACAUGAAGUUAAUAUACCAACAGAUGUUUGUGUAGAUGCAGAUGCUCGUCACUGGCUGCAGCUUAGUCCUUCCGAUGCUGCAAAUUUAACAGACAGUAGCGAGUUCCUUGCUGAUGACUGCAGUAUAAUUGCUGGUGGAAACCUCAUAGGUUGGCAUCCUGAUUCAGCUGCUGUGUUAUGGAGAAGGAUCUUGGGAAUUCUUGGAGAUGUGAACAAUAUCCAAUCUCCUAAAAUUCAUGCCAAAGUUUUUGGGUAUCUCUAUGAACUAUGGUACAAACUGGCAAAGAUAAGGGACAAUCUUGCUAUAAGUUUGGACAACCAGUCUACACCCUCUCCUCCUGUUUUAAUUCCACCUGUCAGAAUAUUUGCAUCAUGGUUGUUCAAGGCAACAACCUUACCAAAUGAAUAUAAAGAAGGCAAACUUCAAGCAUACAGGUUGAUCUGUGCUAUGAUGACUAGGCGCCAAGAUGUUUUGCCAAAUUCUGAUUUCCUAGUGCAUUUUUAUCUCGUGAUGCACAUUGGCUUAACUAGUGAAGAUCAGGAUAUUUUAAAUACCGUCAUAAAACACUGCCCAUCUUGCUUUUUCUUCUUGGGUUUACCUGGUUUUACAAUGCUGAUAGGAGACUUCAUCACAGCUGCAGCCAGAGUCCUUAGUACAGACAUGUUGGAGGCCCCUCGCUCAGAAGCUCAUACCAUUCUUGGUUCUCUUGUUUGCUUUCCAAAUAUCUACCAAGAAAUCCCUCUAUUACAACCCAUCCCUGAAGCUGAUGAAAUCAUCACAGGAGCUGCAGAUGUCAAAUGUUACCUCAUAAAUAUUCUAUUGAAGAAUGCCACAGAUGAACCCAGUGAAGCUGCAAGGUGCAUAGCUGUUUGCUGCCUUGGAGUUUGGAUAUGUGAAGAACUAGUACAGUGCACAAACCAUCCUCAAGUGAAGGAUGCAAUAAAUGUUAUAGGUGUAACACUAAAGUUUUCUAAUAAACUGGUAGCUCAGAUAGCCUGUGAUGUUCUUCAACUGCUAGUUUCUUAUUGGGAAAAGCUUCAGAAGUAUGAAUCCUCUCUAUCCAGGAAAAUUACUGAAAUUCUCGUGGCCACCAUUGCAUUUCUUUUGCCAAGUGCUGAAUACUCCUCUGUAGAAACAGAUAAAAAGUUUAUAGUUUCAUUAUUACUUUGCUUGUUGGAUUGGUGCAUGGCACUACCAAUGAAAACCUUACUAGAGCCAGUAUCUACUGUUCUGGAAGAUCAACAUUCCUCCAAAGCUCCCUUACUGGAUUACAUAUAUAGGGUGUUGCACUGUUGUGUUUACGGCUCAAGCACAUACACGCAACAAAGCCAUUACAUAUUGAGCCUUGCAGAUCUCUCAUCUAAUGACUAUGAUCCAUUUUUGCCAUUGGGAAAUGUCAAGAAUUCUGAGCCAGCACAUUCCUAUUCCACCCCAGAUUUGGGAAAUCUACUCACUGUUGUUGAGGAAAAAAGAAGAAGAAGCUUGGAAUUAAUACCUCUAACUGCACGGAUGGUUAUGACACAUCUAGUAAACCACUUAAGUCACUAUCCCCUCAGUGGAGGACCUGCUAUUCUUCACAGCCUUAUUAGUGAGAAUCAUGACAACUUUUAUGUGGAAUCUUCUGAGCUGUCUUCAGAAGUCUUCAGAAGUCCAAACUUGCAGUUAUUUGUAUUUAAUGACAGUACUCUUAUAUCUUACCUUCAAAUUCCUGCAGAAACGACUGUGGAUACUGAGCCAGCAGGAGCCCUCUCAGAUGUAAGAGUAAUUGUCAGAGAUAUCUCAGGGAAAUAUUCUUGGGAUGGCACGAUAUUAUACGGACCUUUGGAAGGCUGUCUAGCAGGUCAGACUGGAAAUAAUUCAUUUAUGGUUUCGGGCAGUCAUGAAGGGCAAUUUGAGGCCCAGACAGACUUUUCUCAAACAGAAGAAGGAGAGGAUGCUCUUGACGAAUUGCUAGAAAAGAUUGGAAACACUAGUCCUGAAUGCCUUUUACAUCCACAGCUAAAAUUAAAUGAGCCAUCACCACCACCAUUUGGUAUGAGCCAUGAUCAAGAGAAUGAGAUCAUAGAAGCCAUAAUAAGGCAGAGUGCCCAAGAAAAAGAGCAUGUACAUAAAUGCAGCUCUGAUUUUGAUAUGAAAGUAGCCAAUGAAGAAGAACCAAGUUCUGCUGAACCACAAGCACCAUUUUAUUUCUGUAGGCUUUUGCUGAACGACUUAGGAAUGAAUUCUUGGGAUAGAAGAAAAAGCUUUCAUCUACUUAAGAAAAAUUCUAAAUUAUUGAGAGAGUUGAAAAAUCUGGACUCCCGGCAAUGCCGUGAAACUCACAAGAUUGCAGUGUUUUACAUUGCAGAAGGACAAGAGGACAAAUGCUCAAUAUUGUCCAAUGCAAGAGGAAGCCAAGCAUAUGAAGAUUUUGUUGCUGGAUUGGGCUGGGAGGUUGAUCUUUCAACACAUUGUGGAUUUAUGGGUGGUCUGCAACGUAAUGGCAGCACAGGACAAACAGCACCAUAUUAUGCUACCUCUACUGUGGAAGUCAUUUUUCAUGUGUCCACAAGAAUGCCGUCAGAUUCAGAUGAUUCACUGACCAAAAAGUGAUCCAAGUAAGAAGUCUACGGUUAGUGUGUUAUGGUUUUACUAUUCCUUGUCAUUGGCAAUAUAACCAUGUUUUAGCAAAACACAAAAGCUGAUCUUUCAAAAAAAUCGAUAGGUACGGUAUUAUAACGAUAUAAUCAAUAUUGUCAGAAUUCACUGAAUUUUCAGUGAAAUCUUUUCCUCCUUUGGUUUACAAGACUAUGUCCUCUCCUGGUUCCCCUCCUAACCCUCUAAUCUCUACUUCAGCAUGUCCUUCCUCAUCUGCCCUCUAAUUUUCUGUGGGACUUCCACAGGCCUCUGGCUUAGGUCCCUUUCUCUUCUGCCUAUACAUUUCAUCUCUGGGUAAUCUCCGCCGCGAACACAAAUUUAACAACCAUGCCAGCAACUCACAGAUUUACAUCUCUACUCCAUGUUGUCUUCUGUCCAACCUAAAGCCUCCGUCUGCCUCCCUGACAUUUUGUGAAUGUCUAGCUAAACAUGGCUAAAACAGAGCUCCUAAUCUUCCCCCUCUGACAUCUUCCCUACUAUCUCCUUUCUCUAUCGCUGUGGACAACACCACCAUCGUGCCUGUCAGGCAGGCCAUAACCUGAGUGUCACCUUUGACUCCGAUCUCUCUCUGGGUCCUCAUAGCCAGGCUAUAUCUAAAUCGCUAAGCUACGGCCUUUCUACAUCCACUAAAGCUCUCGCCCAAACUCUCAUCAUCUUGCGCCUUGAUUAAUGCAACAUUCUUUUUUCUGGCCUUGACAAGUGCAAUCUUUCCCCAUUCAUAUCCAUUCAGAAUGCUGCUGCUAAGUUCUUUACCUAGCCCAUCACUUUGACAAUGUCACCUCUCUUUGAAUCCCCCCAUAGGCUCCCCUUUCUCUGUUGAAUCAAACAUAAACUGCUUGCGUUCACUUUCAAGGCCCUUCAUAGUAAAUCCCCAUCCUACUUAUCUCUCAUUCACUGCUGAGCUGUCGACGUUCGCCUCUGUUUGGCCCAUGAUGCCAGCCUCCACUGCCCACUUGUUAAAUUUUCAAACAGGCACCUUUGUGCUUUCUCCCUUGUUGCCCCAUGUGUUUGGAAGGCAUUUGGCAUAAACAUCCACAAAGCUACCUUAUUACCCACCUUCAGAUCCCCCUCAAAAUUCUGCUUUGCAAUGAUAUCUACAAAAAACUUGACAAUGGUUAAGCUGUUGGGUGGAGAAACCACUGCCCGUCAUGCUGAACAAUAUUGUCUCAUUGUUUACUUAUAUUCCCAUCUGUCUAUAUCUAUCUGUUGGUUUUCAUCUUGUACACUAGAUUGUAAGUCUCUGGGGGUGGGGAAUGUCUUUUUGCUCUGUGUUUGUACAGUGCCUAACACAAUGUGGUCUAUGGCGAGGGCCCCUAGGCACUAUUGUAGUACAAAUAAUACUACUACUGAUCAAGGAGAUAUGUCUUUUUAGAAAUAUUAUGAUAAAUGGUCUUCUAUGCUUUAAAGGCAAUUGUCAUUCUAAUGUAAAGCAAAUGCAUGUUUCUGGCAUGUUACUUUGGGCUGUGAUUGUGUUGUAUCUCAUAGAUGAAGCAGAAUGUAGCCUUGCGAGUACUUGGAUGGGUGUAACGUCUCAGAGAAUCCUAGGAACUAUAGGAAGUGAGGUUCAUGAUUCAGUAGGUGUCUGUCUUUCUUCUAAGUGAGUAUCAAACUGAUGCCAAAAGCGUUGUACUAAGUAAGGAGCGCUAUGCUGCUGAAGGGAGAUAUCUUUCAGAAAAGACAUAAAGCCUAGGCUCCAAUCAUGUGUGAUCAUGAAGUAUGCCAUUGUGGUUUUUGCAAAAAAUAGGGGCAUAAGCCAUUGUUUCCUGGUUAAAUGGCAACUAACAAAAUUACAUUCUUUUGGCCUAAUUUCCUCCUGUUUUGGAUGUUCUCUUGCAUCUAAGUCCUACUACGAAAUAUAGUGUUGCUGAUUCAGAAUGGCUACUAUGUUAGCACUCUAGAAGUGGCUAUGUUUCAGACGUAGGUGGACCGAUCACUGUAAUGUUUGUAAAGUAUUUUGGGAUUCUUCAGAAUGAAAAGUGCUGAUAAAUAUAAGAAAUCAUUGGUUGAAGAAUUAAUAUGAUUAAAAAAUGUUACAUUUUUAAAAGGAUUUGGUCCUAUGUUUUGCUCCCUGCUUUCUAUACACCUGAAGAUGCUGUUUGUCCUUCCAGAGUACUCUGAGGCAGAGCAUUAUAGGAGGCAUUUCUUCAUAACUUUGUAUCUUACAAUUAAAUGAAUGUGCUUGUGUUCUCCUGUGCAUUUUCCUGUGUGGUUGGAUAAUCUAUGAAGAGGGUGUUCUGUGAACUCAUGUAUGUUAUUUACUGAAAUUUGUUAAAUUAGUGAAGGUUUAAAAAUUCAAGCAAUGCAGGUUUUUAAUUUGUUGCAAAGCUACUACUAGAGCUCUGUCUUAACUCCAAGCCUAUAUUUGAUGAGUUGGGUUAUAUAUAUAUUAAUCCUCAUUUACAUUGAGUUGCACUUCCAAAAAUAAUCCCAUUGAACUGUUUUCAAAAAUGCUAUUCAGUGAGUACAGGUGGUCUAAUUGGGCCCUUACUGUUGUUCAGCUAGUAAACUAAUAUAUUAAUGCACCACAUUCCCUUCCACUUUCCUUUUACCUUUUUACUUUACAAUAUUACCUUACCUUUUACCUUUUUACUUUACAAUAGUCCCAAUAUUCACACAUUAUUGUUAUUUUUAUCUCAGUCAUCAGAUAUCAUUAGAAAAUAAUGAAAUGCUUGUAGCCAUGGACACGAUAGUGAGAAAGUUAAUUUACGCUAAUCUGUAUUGGUCCAGGAAAAAAAAAUACUUUGUGUAGUGUUUACACAUUUCAAACUGCAGAAUGAGGGACUGAUGAUUACUUGUUUUGUAGAUAGGAUUGAAAUGGAUUUUCAUUUAUAUGUAUAAAUUAGAGAAAUAAAUUCAGCAACUUUUCUGUGUCAAGUAAAAUCAAAUAAUGAGCUGUGAACUUGAGUUAUUGUAUGAACAGGUCCUAUUUUGCUUUGCUUAAGUAUAAAUCCCAGGUAUUAUUAACCUAUAAUGUCAUAAGCAAAGGUACUGUUGUUAGCAUUCUGAUCCUCGCAAUGUUGUUUUGCAACUUUGAUAGAAAUCCUUUACUGUUAAAAAUUACCAUCCAAUUCUAGUAGCGUGAAAUUCAUCACUAUACAGAAGGCCAGAACAAGGCCUAUGCUUCACUUUAAUCACCAGCUUUAUCUAUUUUAAGAUUUAAAUGGAAUUUAAGUAUUGCACAGGUCUUGUGCUGGCCCUCUGCAUAGGGGUAAAUUAUCACCUUUAAUAAUAGAUAUAAUGUCAAGGUAAAGUGUAUAGCAGAAGCAGUCUAUUGUGGAUGCUCAAUAUGUAAUUUUCAAAUGACUUUACCUUUGUUAAAUCACAAACAUUUUUUUCCUCGCAAAGAAAAGGCACUACUACUUAAUAAGGACUAUUUCUAUACUACGUUUCAACUUUAAACCUCCGACAUAUUUUGUGUUUUUUUAAAAAGGUAAUUUUUCUCCUAUUCUGUCAUAACUCAAAAACUACUUCAGAGAUUUUGCUCACUUUUUCAAAACACAGUUUGCCUUCUGAUACAGAUAUAGCACAGUACGUCUCAGACCCAAAAGUGAAUCUUUCAGAUAUUUGAGAAACUAGGAUAUGGGGAGCCACAAUGGAAAGUGUGAAAUGGAAAUCUGAAUCAUAGCAGUUCCUAUCACUUUGAAAGCUAUAAUAUUUUAAUUGAAUUAAAAUGUUCCACUAAUUAACAUUUUGGUCUAAUAAUCCAGAUUAGCACAGAAAUCUGUAUAUAUACUGUGUAUGUACACCUCAUGCAAGUUGAUAAUUUGAUAAUUACUUAAUCAAACCAUUAAAUAACAAUGUGUUUUGAAUGAGGCAAGUUAUUUAGUUGCUUUUAAUUCCAACAAGCAUAGAAAAAGCAAUAUUUUAACCUUUUCUGUAAUGAAAUAUUUCUACUGUCAAGCAUUGUAAUUCAAUUUGUAAGCCAUGACCCCUCAUAAACUGUUGUUAUCACUCUGAUUAAUAAAGAGC